AUGGUCGCCGACGACAAAGCUUCAUCGGCGACCAUGGAGAUCGACCGGGCUUCGUCGCGAACGAAGACCCACGGUCGGGCUUCGUUCGCGACGAAGCCCGCUGUGCCCAACGGGCUUCGUCUUUGGGGCUUCGUUGCAGACGAAGCCCGAUCGGGCUUCAUGGCUGAACAACAAACUAUAAAAUUUACUUAUGUUCAUACUCAUCGAAUAUUACCGCCCGGAAUGCGAGUUACUACUCAUUGUGGGAUCAAACACCUUGAGGCGAUGCGUCGUGCUCUAGACCGAUACAAGUUAUUAGAUAGAUUCCUACAGGGCCCAUUAGGACAUUUCUUAAAGAUGCCUUUGUCUCUCCAUUUGACUGCACCACAAUUGAUAUAUCAUGUUCUACUUAGGGAGGUGACAUUUCCAGGUGCCCACCACGAUGAGAUGUGGUUCGAGAUUGGUGGCACACCAUAUAGGUACGGGAGGCAGGAGUUCAUACUUAUUAGUGGACUCCGAUUUGGGGCUAUUGAUAGGGAAAGCCUUGAACCGAAACCUAUUGAGCCGGAGAGUUUACGUGCUCGACUAUUUCCACAACAUAAGAAGGGGGUGACUGGAGACGACCUUGAAUUACUUAUUAGUACCAGAGAGGACAUGGUUUCAGAGGAUGCCCUGAAACUGAUUUACAUUGCUGUGGUCGAUAUGUUUUUGUUGGGCCAGGAUGAGCGCGGGCAUGUGGAUGAUUUCUUGUGGACUAUGGCUGAAGAUUUACAAGCAUUUGAGAUGUUCCCUUGGGGUACGUAUGUCUACAGUAAGAGUCAACAUUACAUCCGAUUGGCCACGAAAGAAAGAAAAUUGACUGGUGAAGGUGGGAAGAAAAUCAACCUUUAUGGUUUUGUAUGGGCGUUUCAGUGGUGGUUGAUCGAAAUGUUCCCAUGGAUUCAGAAUAAAUGGGCCGUUAGACUGUCUGAUGCAGACAUUCCAAGAUGUAGAAAAUGGCUAUCAAAAAAAAGGCCGCAGAUAAAAAAUUACGACGAUUGUCUUAGGAAGGAAGUAAGUGUGCAACUUACCUCUAAAUUUUGUUUAUUUUUAAAUCAUAUCUAUCUAAAUAAUACAAUUUUGCAGGCACGAGGAUCGAGUCCGACUCUUGAGCCCACUGAUGAUGAGCGGGAAACGAAUUUUUGGAGAUCUUUUAACCCUCAACACUCGGUUGGGGUCGAUGUCUAUAAAUUUGGGGGCGGAGGGGGUGAAGAGGAGGAAGAGAAUGGCGGGGAUGAGGACGAGGACGAGGACGGGGAUGAGGAUAAGGCGAGUAGGAUACAUUUAGAUGAGAAGGGAAAGGAAGAGAAUGGGGAGGAGAAGAAUAAGGAGAAGGCAAGAUUCCCUGAUAGUUCGCACCACGGACAAUACGAGGAGGGAAAGGAGGAGAAGGAUAAGGAGAAGGCAAGAUUCUCUGAUAGUUCGCACCACGGACAAUACAAGGAGGGAAAGGGGGAGAAGGAUAAGGAGGAGGUAAGAUUCGUUGAUAGUUCGCACCACGGCCAAUAUGAGAUCACCGAGAUGCUGAAACAAACUCUAGAUAUGUUGCGGAGAAUAGAUGGGGAAAUGAGUCAGGUGAGGACACAAUUGUUGAGACUAGAGAGGGCGCAGGAAUCACUAGAGAGGGGGCAAGCAGCACUAGAGAGGGGUCAGGCAGCACUAUGUGCUCAUCUACGCAUCCCGCAUAUUUCCCCAGAUCACAGCGAUAAUGUUCAUGAGCAGUCCCAGGGUGAUGAUCAGGUAGAUCCUGAUCAUCACGAUGAGGACCAGGCAUCUACAUCUAGAUUACAGGAGGAGGAAGUGGUUAGGGUCGACAGGCGACCUAUGCGAGAUAGAUUGCCAUCGCAGUUUCGUCGUCCACCCUUCACCGAUCCAACAAAAUAUAAAAGGAGAAAGAAGGAUGCUACUUUGGAGGGGUCGGACGUGGACCCGAUGCCGCCGGUACUAGACCCAAUGCCGCCGGACAUAGAGACAGUGCCCCCUGAGGGUUAUAUUGAGUUCAUAGGUUCUAAUGAAAAUAUUAGUCUUCACACCGGUUUCAUUCUUAACCUAACACCGGAUGACCUCCGAAACAUAGAGAAUGAGGCCAACUGGUUGGAGGGUUACCAUAUCGAUAGUUACAUGUGUUGCCUGAGACGUAUACAGUCUCGACGUCAAUAUGACACAAACUACGCUAUCAUGUCAACUUCGUUUUUUGCAUCCAUGGUAAGAUUUUGGGAACAGGAGUACGGGGGCAAUAGGAGGGUUUUUGUGCCUUCUAUCGCAUCUGUUCCAGAAGAGUGGACCGGUUUCGUUGACGGGCGCAUUGACGGAAGUCUCCCUUGGUGGGCAGUCGAUUAUGUGUUGCUCCCUUGUAAUGUAGCAAAUUCUCAUUGGUUUCUCUUAAAGAUUUGCUUGAAAGAUAGGAGAAUUGUCAUAUAUGACUCCAAUUCCAUAAAUGAAGAUAGUCGUAGGAGCAGGGUCGAAGCUAUACAACCACUUGUGAGUUUGUUACCCAUUCUACUAAAGAAAGCUGCAUAUUAUGAACAUGUAACUGCAACUGCGACGCUAGACAGAGAUUGGGAAGUGGAGAAUACUGAUCCUCAGAAGUUGCCUCAACAACCGGAUGGGGCCAGCUGCGGGUGCUACGUUAUCAAAUAUGUCGAGGACAUACUGAGGCAUAAUGAGGAUCACUGGCAUAUGCACCCAACUGUGGAUGUCCGUACCCUCCGAAGACAGAUUGGAAUAUUUUUGUAUAGACAUAGCACGGUAGUAUACUUGUAGAUCAAUAGAUUAGAAGAUUCUUUGUUUUGUGUUUUUAUUUUCAUCUAGUUCAAAUGUUGUAUAUUUUUGUAUAAGUAUAGCAAAUAGCAAAUUGUAUAUUGCUCACUUGAUGAAAUGUGGUUUGUGGUG